AUGCUUUUAGCUGCAGCUGCAUGCGCUGCAGCUGGCAUUACUUACAUAUUCAAUGAUGAUGGUGACGAUGAACAAACACCAACAACAUCAUAUGAGGCUGUCACUGUAUCAUCAACUAUUGUCGAUCAACAAGGAAUAGUGAAGUAUAUCUUUCAACCCCAAUGGAGAAGUCCAUGUUUGUUUGUAAACCAACAACAAAAAGGCACGAGUUCGUUCAUCAAUGAAUGCAAGUUAAAUCGAUACCGAGUACCCACGGAGACUAGUAGACAAGCAGCAAAGUCGAUAUUUGCCCGAAAUCUCUCCGUUUUAUUCUUCUGGUCCAUGCCAUUACGGGCACGAUUAGUGCAAACUGGCAUGAAGCCGUCUCAAGUAGUGGAAGAACUGAAUUCAUUCAAACCAAAUCUUAUGAAACUUAGUGUUGGAAUUCAGAAUGUUAACAGCGAUGCUGGUCGAUCUGAAAUCGUUCUUGCAGCGGAACAACGGCCGAAUUUCCUGAUCUCAAAUGAUACAUUUGAUUCCUUGUCGUAUAAUUCAACCAAAGACGACGACCUCGUUCCUUGUGAAGUAUUGAAAAAGAAUAAAUUGUCUGUAAACGAUCGAAAUAACAGUCAAAAGCGAUUUUGUAGUGAAGAAUUGAACAAGAAAAAUUGUAUAAGAAAAACAAUUUUCAACAAUGUAAAUCAAUGUGUGGAGAAUCUAUCAAAAAUUCUCAGUGAAUCAUGUUCAAACGAUGAGAGUCACUUCACAACAUUAGAAAAUUCAUCAUCAGUAAUUCGUUCCAUCAACAGCAAUAAUAAUCAUAAACAAAAUACAACUAGUAUGGAGAGUAGCAACGAACCUAUACCAUCGUUUUUACCAAAAUUCAAACAUCAGAAUACAACACUCAUUGAAGAAGUAUCCGAUGGUAUAAUACUACAUCGUGGUGAGCAUUUUGGUGUUUCACUAGGCAAACCUAUGAUACGUCGAUGUAAUUCACAUGUCAAUUACUGCAAAGAUGAUUUUCAUUCAAUUUAUCAAUUGAACCGAUUGUUGUCAAAUUCAACUUGCUUACUUAUGCAACAGUAUCAUAUAGAAUCGAUUGAAGAUUUGAUUCGAUUGUAUCUCGAACACGGGUCACAUCAUUUUACUGAACUCUUGAUCAAAUUGUUCAAAGUUGAUUCAUUGAUUGUACAAGAAUUGACUGAUAUACUUCUCGAAUGGACGAACAAAUUGACUUAG